AUGGCUGCGCUUAAUCAGAUGUCUGUCUUGGAUAUGAUUAAAGAGUUUAGGAGGAAUUGGCGUGCUCUUUGUAACUCUGAGAGAACGACUUUAUGUGGUCCAGACUCCAUGCUCUUGGCAUUACAGCUUUCCAUGGCAGAAAACAACAAGCAGCACAAUGGAGAAUUUACAGUCUCUCUCAGCGAUGUCUUACUGACAUGGAAAUACUUCUUACAUGAAAAACUGAACUUGCCCACUGAAAGUAUAAAAGUGGUUGACCACUAUGAAGACAUUAAGAAAACAUAUGAUGAUUUCUUGAAGAAUAGUAAUAUGCUAGAUCUGAUUGAUGUUUAUCAGAAAUGUAGCAACUUGACUUCUAAUUGUGAGAAUACCAUGAUAUCCUCAAGUCAACUGCGGGAUUUUCUGUCUGGCACACAGUGUGCAGUCAAUGAUGAAACUAAUUCUCACGUACCAGCAUCCCCAGUGAAAUGCAGCCAGGAUGGUGAACAGGUACGGCUAUCGGCAAGGAAAAUCUUCUUUUCCUAUUUGGGUCUGCUAGUGAAUUCCAAGAAUGACCUGGCUCUGGCUCAUGUUCUCAACAUCCCUGAUCGAGGACUAGGGAGAGACGCCUUCACCACCUUGAAGCAUGCUGCGCGAGAGAAACAACUGUCUAUGUUUUUGAUGGCCACAUCAUUUAUUAGAACAUUAGAGCUUGGAGGGAAAGGAUAUGCACCAUCACCAUCAGAUCCUUUGCGGGCACAUGUAAAAGGGCUGUCUGAUUUUAUCAAUUUCAUUGACAAGUUAGAUGAAAUUCUUGGAGAGAUACCCAAUCCAAGCCUGGCAGGGGGUCGGAUAUUGUCGGUGAUAAACAUGCAUCUGAUCAAAGGCCACAGCAGUGGAGAUCCUUUCUAUAAAGCAGUAGAGGAAGUUGUCCGGGAUUUGGAUUUGAGGAUUAAAACUAUUAGCAAUUCUCAAGAAGGUGUAGCUGUCAGCACCACCACCAUCAGUCCUGUACCGCCAAAAUCUUUUGCCAUAAACCAUGACACUGCAUACUGUGGCAGAGAUGCUGUGAAAAUUUUACUGGUUCUUUUGGAUGAAGACGCAGCCAGUGCUCCCACCAGAAACAGAGCAGAGCUUUUAUAUAAUGACAAGAGUACAGUUCCACACAAUGGAAUUUCUCUUCUUACACUCUUUAGGUCUCCCACACAAGUGAAUAAUACAUCAAUUAAACCCCUCAGAGAGCGAAUCCAUAAGUCAGUGCAAGCAGAAAAAAUUAAGAUGAGGCAGACCUUGAUUAGAUCACAGUUUGCUUGUACUUACAAAGAUGACUACAUGACGAGCAGGAAUCGAUGGAAUGUUAAUUCACCCUCAAAGCCGUUGUGUGCUCUUCACUUGGAAAACGAUAUUGCUGAAGGUGCACACUCCUCUGUUGGAAGAGCAAGAAUUGAAACAAGUUCCGAAAAUGUGCAUCUGGACAGAAGUAAAGAUGACAAAAUCCCCAGAAAAUCUACAGAAAAUAGAGUAUCGAAAAGGAAGCAGGUGGACGUAGACAGUGACAGCAUUCACCGGGAUAAUGGACGUGAACCAUCCCGACACCGAAAUGUGAAGUUCCCUAAAGUGCCCGAUGACUCACACAAGAAGGCUGGUGGCAAACUGGCCGGAGGAGCAAAGGGCAGUAGGUGUGCUGCCGGGAGCAAGCUGAUUGCUGGCCAGACCAAGCUAACUCAGUUUUUCAGGCUGUGAUUUUCUCAUCUAUAUGCCUUAGAUCUAGAUAUAUAAGACCAUUCACCAAAGCCAUGAGCUGACUUUUAAAUAUCAAGAUGUAAAUUCUGGUGCUUUACUACUUUAAUAAGUGUAUGUGAGGCUCACAUGUUAACCACUGUUCAAAAAUACCAGGAAGUCAGAAUGAUGCAGAAUCUUUAUGAAGUUUAAUGCACAAGUCAAAGCACAUCAUUUAGAUGAUUACGUAUCUUAGCUAUUUAAAAACAGACAUUUGGGAUAAUAUAUAAGUCAUAUCAACAUUAAGGGCUUUGCUCUCCAUUUGCAAUGAGUUAUUUUCUUCUGAAAGGAUGAUGUGGACCAGCAGGUUUCAGACUUGCCAGCAGGGUCGGUAGACUCUUCCCAGCAUGCACCUGAGCACUGGGAGGGAACAAACAAUGACUAUAAUUACCACACAGCAUUCAGAAAAAUCAUGGACCUAUUAUACUGGAUUCUGAAUAAAUCAAGCCACAGUUACUGAUUUUUAAAAAUUCCCCACUUUGGCAGGGUCACCUGCUGGCUGGUAGAACUGAACCAUGGUCUUAUUAGAUUUUGUUAUGGUCAGAUCAGUUAAGCUCAGAGCUCUUUUUAUAGCAUUAAAAUGGAGGAAUUGAAUUUUUAAAAGGCUACUCACUGUCAAAAUCUCUCCUUCCUAUAGGAAAUUUAGCUGAGUUUUCUUCAUCCCCGAUUUCUCUCUUUUCUUGUGCUGACUCAGGGUUCUGAAGUCCGUUCUCAGCUGGAAAAGCUCCUGACCCUUUCCGAGCGAGAUAAGGUUUUAUAGCCAGAUUCAGUGGCAGACCAUGACUUACGAGGCUCUGUUUGGAGCCUGUGUUCUGUAAAGAGAAGGUUGGUUUGUAUUCCAGCCAUCUUCUUCAGAAUAGAGCUAAAAUGCGGUUGCACAACAUUCUUGCUGAUCAAUUCUAAGAUGUGCUACACUGUUUUUCACUUCUAAAAUAUCUUAGAUACAAGAAACAAAGUUUUUGAUAAGAUGGGGAAGUACCUGGCAUGUGUGAAAUUAUAUUCGUUAUCUUAACGCACACUGUGGCUCUGUUUGCAUGUAUUCCCGUUUACAAAAUGAAAAUACCAAGUUUACCUUUAGGUUAUUUAUAAUUAUAAAAGUCAUUUUCAUUGCUAUUGUAAUAAAAGUCAGACUACAUGUACUUAC